GAAGAGAAGGAAAAGAUGGAGGAGCUGCAGGCGUACAACCGCCGCCUUCUCCACAACAUCCUGCCCAAAGACGUAGCUGCCCACUUCCUCGCACGCGAGCGUCGGAAUGACGAGCUGUACUACCAGUCAUGUGAGUGCGUCGCCGUCAUGUUCGGGUCCAUCAGCAACUUUUCAGAGUUUUACGUCGAGCUGGAGGCCAACAACGAAGGCGUGGAAUGUCUCAGGCUGCUCAAUGAGAUCAUCGCUGACUUUGACGAGAUCAUCGGCGAGGAGAGGUUCUGUCAGCUGGAGAAAAUCAAAACCAUCGGCUCCACCUACAUGGCCGCCUCCGGUCUCAACGACUCCACCUACGACAGAGAGGGCCGCUCACACAUCCUGGCUUUGGCCGACUACGCCAUGAGGCUUAGAGAGCAGAUGAAAUACAUCAACGAGCACUCCUUCAACAACUUCCAGAUGAAGAUAGGGUUGAACAUGGGGCCGGUGGUAGCAGGUGUGAUUGGAGCCAGAAAACCUCAGUACGACAUCUGGGGGAAUACAGUCAACGUGGCCAGCCGGAUGGACAGCACAGGAGUACCAGACUACAUCCAGGUGACCACGGACUUGUACCACGUGUUGGCCAACAACGGAUACCAGCUGGACUGUCGAGGUCUUGUCAAGGUGAAGGGAAAGGGCGAGAUGACCACUUACUUCCUCACCAGCGGCCCCCCGGGCAGUUAGCGACGGACCGGCCGACCGCAGACUGACUCCCCCUGCACUGAUGAGGCGGACACUGCAGAGAGACUGAGUGGUCAGCUCGAUGAGGCGAUGAGCACCCAUAGCUCGGUGAAAACACACCGGGGACAGGAGACGGCCGACGGAGACGCGUAUGUUCACGUCACCAACUCAGAUGCCAACACAACAAGUCCUCCAAUUCAUACGACCGCAUCGGUCGUUUUCACCGUGCACCGGAAUACGACGCAUCGGUCGUUUUCACCGUGCACCGGAAUACGACCUAUGCGGUCGUAUGAACGUUUGCGCCCCUACGGGGAAAACGAACGCAUUACGGGAUUUAAUUCGCAAAACGGCUUUUCCGUCGCAAAACGGCUUUUUUCUCACUUUCCCAACACGUUUUUAGGGUUAUGGUUAAGGUUAGGGUUAGAGAUAGGGACAGGGAUAGUGUUAGAUAAAAGUUUGUUCAUGAUGACGUUUCACCUGCGACUCCAGAGUGUCGAUAUUUACUCAACCGCUAGAGGUCGCAUAGUCAAAACGUAACACUGGGUCGUAAUACUGGCAUGUACAGACGACCUAUGUGGUCGUUUUUUGUUUGAGGACAGGCUCCAGAUGCACAUGUGUCGGCCGUCGGUCAUGUUUGAAGGCUACCCCACCUCCCCAAGCUGCCCGAGAGAUAAUGAAGCCCAGUUGCCUUAGGACGGAAGUGGCAUUGCUUGUGUUUAUGAGCAAUAGUACAAGUAUUUCAUGUGGAAUCAUUAUUUAUUUUUCGUGAAAAGCAAAAACUACGUUUCGUUAAAGAAAAUAUGCAAGGACAACAUGAAGGAUGACAAAUAACCAAAGAACAAAUGUUUGAUAUGAAACACACACUAACGAUUCUGCUCAAAUGUACGGUAACCUUAAGUAAUUUAUUCAUCUUUUGAGAGAAAAAGGCCACGGAAACGUCACUGUCACUGACAGGGAUGAACACUUUUUUUGUUGUUUUUUUGUGGACUUACUAAUGAAGGAAACGCACAUGCACACGUAUGAACACAAUGCAAAUAAAAACACAACAACUUUUGCUUGGA